CUUACGGCACAAUUACUUGGCGUAUGCGGCAGUGGCAGCAGCCAAUCUGGAGGAUGAAGUCCAUGGUCCGCCUUCAAACAAUGUACCGCCCAGUCCCGUGGAACUCAUGGUCACCAACUUGGAUCAAAGUAUUGAGCAAAGAGAGCUCAAAUCCAUCCUCAUCACCAUGUUCGAGCCUUUUAAAGUGCGUCAAAUCAACGUGUUCACCCAAUCCGAUGGCAACACCUCGGCGUCCGUGAAAAUGGCCUCCUUGGAGGACGCUCAAUUGGCCAUCAGUCGCUUGCAUCGGAGUAAAGUUGGAAAUAAGCGCAUUCUCAUCAACUACAACAACACAAACACGACCAAUCCGGCCAUUUUGAGGAAGAAAGUGAUCUCAAUCUUGAAGGAGGUCCCUGAGGGACGAUUGCAGUUGUUCAAGUUCCGUGACAUGUUCGAGAAGCGCUACGCCAGUUCCAUCGGAGUCUCGGACUUGUACAAGAUCAAAGAUGUGGUCAGCAUCACCGAAGAAGUCUCAGGUCGUAUUGUUUGUUUGAAUGCGUAUGCCAAGUACUUCAAUGACGAGAAUAACCUGGAAUCCAAGUGUCCCAUUCAUGCCCCAAGCAAUGAGGGAGAAGGAUGGGCGGAGAAAGAGGCGGGUACACAAUUGCCAAGUGUGAGCGUGUCUCUGGCUAUUCUUGGGCCAAAUUUGAAGCAAGUCUUAAAGGAGCACCAAGGCUCGGCCCCUCUCUACACCAUUCUCCAUUGCUACAACGCCAAUUCAGACUACGAUCCUCUGGAAGAGGAUUCCAUCGAUGGGGUUCCAUUGGAGCACUUGGUGUCUGCUGUGAAAGGGGUUCAAAUUGUCUCAAACUCAUCUGGGAUCAAGUCCAUCGUUCUGGUGUCCCCCGAAGAAGAGGGUGGCGGAUUAUGGGUAUACCAAGCUGAAGGAUCUCCUGGAGGCCUUGCCCAAUGUGAUCCAGAUCAUUGGCGAGGGCAGCAAGAGUGUGAUCACUCUGACUCAUCGCCAUCAAGUGAAGCGCUUCCAGUCAGACAUGCUCAAGAUCCUCAAGGGUCAACCCAAUAAACAAGUGGCUCUCUCGGAGUUUCCCAAGAUCUAAGAGAAGACAUUCAAGAAGGAAUUCCGGGUCACCGACUAUGGCGUUUGCGAUAUCGACGAUUUGCUCCACGAGAUCUCGGAGACCUCGGUGGCCGUGUCCAAGAGCGGUGAUGAUAUCAUGAUUGAGGUGCCCAAGCGUGAGCAGACCCUGGAUGAGUUGGAGCGGACUCAGACUUUUGCGGACGAGUGCAAGAAACUCCUACGACACGCCCCCGAGUGUCGGAUCGCGUUCAAUAAGUUCAUCCCGUCGUAUCAUCACCAUUUUGGCCGACAAUGCAGAGUGUCAGAUUAUGGAUUCUCAAAGUUAAUGGAACUUUUCGAGAGCAUCCCUCACAUGGUGGAUAUCACGGAGGAUUCGGAUGGCGAGCGUCUGAUCCAGCUCACGGACUCGAUCCGACUGAGUGUAGUGGGCGACCAGAUCAAGGAGCUCAUCCGAGACACGCCCAAUCAAAC